AAAGCCAUUCAUUCAUUGUCAUCAUUUUCGACACCGAUACAAGUUGGAGAAACCAUUCACCGUACAAUGGAGACAAUCGUACAUUAUUACCGAAAAACGGAGCCCCCGCAUUCCUUGUUUCCCUCUAUUACAGAGGAGCUUAAGGUUUUAGGGCUCGGAGCGGACGGUAACAAAAUCGAGGCGGUCGAGACGGAGAGCUGUUUUAAUGUUCUUCUGGGUACGGAACUCGUCGCCGAGCAGCAAGAGAAGUUGGAAUGGCUGCUCGCGGAAACUUUUGAUCGCGAUUCGCUUCAAAUCGGAAAGAGUUCUUUUGAUACCAGCGUCGGAACGGACACUUGGAAAGUGGAGUUUGGCCCACGGAUGACGUUUACUUCGGCAUUUUCGUCGAACGCUGUAGGUAUCUGUCAAGCUUGCAACUUACCUAUUUCUCGCCUGGAACUGUCUCGUCGCUACUUAUUCACUACAAGCGAGGCAUUGUCGGAUGAAGCGAUAGUCGCAGUUAAAGCCAUGCUGCACGAUCGCAUGACGGAGGAGGAGUACGCUGCUCCCUUGAAGUCGUUCGAUAGUGGCGCUCAUGCAAAGCCAGUUCGGACAAUCCCCAUCAUGGCAGAGGGCCGAGGAGCCUUAGAAAUAAUCAAUAAGGAGAUGGGUCUCGGAUUUGAUGACUUUGAUUUGGAUUAUUAUACCAAUCUCUUCAAGGAGAAAUUGGGACGAGAUCCCACCGACGUCGAGUGUUUCGACAUGGGACAGUCAAACUCAGAACAUUCGCGCCACUGGUUCUUCAGCGGCAAGAUGGUAAUUGACGGGAAAGAGAAACCUCAUACGCUUUUCCAAAUGGUCAAAGACACACUUCCCAAAGAUAUUCCCAACAACUCGAUCAUUGCCUUCCACGAUAACUCUUCUUCGAUUCGAGGGUAUGAGUGUAGCGCUCUUCGUCCUGUCUCGUUGGACAGUGCAGGGCCAGUGCACGUGGGAAAUCAAACUUUGCAUCCUAUUUUGACGGCUGAGACGCACAACUUUCCCUCUGGUGUCGCCCCUUUUCCCGGUGCCGAAACAGGCACAGGCGGUCGCCUUCGUGACGUGACGGCGACCGGCCGUGGUGCCUAUCCUGUGGCAGGAAUCUCAUCGUAUUGUGUUGGAAACCUACAAAUCCCUGGAUAUGAUUUGCCUUGGGAAGACAAGUCGUUUGUGUACCCGAGUAAUUUGGCAUCGCCACUCAACAUUGAACUUCGAGCCAGCGAUGGUGCAUCGGACUAUGGAAACAAGUUUGGAGAGCCCGUCAUCCAUGGAUUUACCCGAUCCUUCGGACAGCGACUUUCGAAUGGAGAACGUUUCGAGUGGGUCAAGCCGAUAAUGUUUUCAGCUGGAGUUGGACAGCUCGACGGAGAUCAUACAACCAAGGGAGCGCCUGAAAAAGGGAUGCUAGUCGUCAAGAUCGGAGGCCCAGCUUAUCGUAUUGGAAUUGGAGGGGGGGCUGCUUCUUCUCGUGUACAGAGUGCGGAAAAUGCGGACUUAGAUUUUGAUGCCGUUCAGCGCGGAGAUGCUGAAAUGGAAAAUCGAAUGAAUCGUCUAAUGAGAGCGUGCUGCGAUCUCGGUGAAAGAAACCCAAUAGUGUCAGUGCAUGAUCAAGGAGCAGGAGGGAAUGGAAAUGUUCUCAAGGAAAUUGUAGAGCCUGCCGGAGCUUCAUACGAUAUUCGCAAGGUAUAUGUUGGGGAUGAAACACUUUCGGUUCUUGAAAUAUGGGGGGCAGAAUAUCAAGAGAAUAACGCACUACUUAUUCGUCCUACUGAUCGAAAUUUGUUUGAAGCUAUUGCCAAACGCGAAAAUUGCCCUGUCCGCAUUCUAGGUGAGGUCACUGGAGAUGGCAAGGUUGUCGUUCACGAUUCGAAAGACAAUUCGACUCCUGUGGAUCUUCCUCUUGAACUGGUUUUAGGGAAGAUGCCUCAGAAAACAUUUGUCGAUGAUCAUAUUGCGAAUAAGCUCGAGCCCUUACGCCUUCCUGAAACUGCAACGGUGGCGUCCGCUUUGGAUCGCGUUCUUCGAUUGCUUUCAGUGGGAUCGAAACGAUUCCUAGUGCACAAAGUAGAUCGUUCGGUUACCGGUCUUUGCGCACAGCAACAAUGCGUAGGCCCUUUGCAACUGCCUUUGUCCAAUGUAGGCGUCACAGCGCAUACUCAUUUUGGAAUCACAGGAACGGCUGUUGCGUGCGGCGAGCAACCAAUUAAGGGACUCGUGGACUCUGCAGCUAUGGCAAGGAUGACUGUGGCCGAGGCAAUGACUAACAUAAUGUGGGCAAAGCUUUCGAAGAUCGAGGAUAUAAAAGCUAGUGGAAAUUGGAUGUACGCUGCAAAACUUCCUGGUGAAGGUGCUAAAAUGUACGAUGCAUGCGAAGCGCUAAGAGACGCCUUGCUUACUCUUGGUGUUGGAAUCGAUGGUGGUAAAGAUUCUUUGUCAAUGGCCGCAAGGUGCGGUAACGAGGUAGUUAAGGCUCCAGGUGAGCUCACGAUGACCUGCUACGUGACCUGCCCUGAUAUAACGAAGACCGUCACACCUGACUUGAAAUGUCCAAGCGGCGGGUCCACUUUAAUAUACGUGGAUCUCGGGAAUGGUAAGACGCGCCUCGGCGGAUCAGCACUUGCUCAGGUGUACAGCCAAAUCGGUGACGAAUCGCCUGAUAUUGACGACUUUGGUGUGUUGAAAAAUGCCAUGGUGGUGACGCAAGAUUUGAUUGAGAAGCGCACUCUUCUUUCUGGGCACGAUCGGUCUGAUGGUGGCCUCAUCGUCACUCUAGUGGAAAUGGCAAUCUCCGGUAAUUGCGCCAUUGACAUUGCACUACCGCCUGCCGGCGCCAAUGCUUUUGAUGUCCUAUUCAACGAAGAAGCUGGCAUCGUUCUGGAAGUUUCUAACGAAGAUGGAGGGGCCGUUAUGAAAGCUUACGCGGAUGUCAACAUACCCGUAUUCAAAAUUGGUACGGUUUCUUGUGGCGACUCGAUCAAGGUUUCAAUUGGAAAUGAGUCUCCCUGCAUUGACAGCAAGAUGACUGUGCUUCGUGAUGUAUGGGAAGCAACUUCGUUUCAACUGGAGAAACGGCAGAGAAAUCCAAAAUGCGUUCACCAGGAAGAAGUAGGUCUCAAACUACGUCAUGCACCACAUUGGAAACUAACCUUUGAGCCACUUCCUACUGAUAUUUCUAUCAUGAACUCGACCUCCAAACACAAGGUGGCGAUUAUACGUCAGGAAGGAAGUAAUGGGGAUCGAGAGAUGAUUUCGGCGUUCUUGUCCGCGGGCUUUGAGUCUUGGGAUGUCACUGUCAGCGAUCUCUUAAGCGGCUGUAUUACUCUCGACAUGUUUCGCGGUAUCGUUUUUGUCGGAGGCUUUUCGUUCGCUGAUGUCCUUGAUAGCGGAAAGGGAUGGGCUGGUGUCAUUAAAUUCAACGAAAGCGUCUUUCAUCAGUUCCAGAAAUUCCGAACCCGGAAGGACACGUUCAGCCUUGGUGUAUGUAACGGAUGUCAACUUAUGGCGUUGCUCGGAUGGAUUCCGUCUACGGAUGGCUUGGUCGAAGAGAAUCAGCCUCGCCUCUUGCACAAUGACAGUGGCAAGUUCGAAAGCCGCUUCUCGAGUGUCAAGAUCCAGUCGAGCCCUGCUGUUAUGUUCAAAGGAAUGGAAGGCUCGUCUCUUGGGGUUUGGGUGGCGCACGGAGAAGGCCGUUUCCAUUUCCCUGACCCGUCUGUUCAAGAAAUGGUGAAAGAAAAGGACCUUGCCCCGCUUCGCUAUGUGAACGAUACAAACGACGUAACGCAAGAAUAUCCAUUUAACCCGAAUGGCAGUCCUGACGGUAUUGCCGCUCUUUGCUCGGAAGACGGACGCCACCUUGCAUUGAUGCCUCACCCAGAACGUGUUUUCACGACCUGGCAAUGGCCCUGGACUCCCGCAGAAUGGAAGGACUUUAAAGUUGGACCAUGGCUGCAUAUGUUCCAGAACGCCCGCAUCUUUUGCGACGAAAACUAA